UUGCUGCGACAUUGCAAUUUGAAUUGGCAAAAUAUUAUUUGCGCUCAGUUCUAUUCCACGGAUCAGGACAACUCGCUAUCAAAUUUACGACUUCUUGAAAAAGUUUUAACUAAUCUAACGUGAUCCUGUUGUUUCUGUGGAAUUUAUAGUCUCAGGUCUUCUUAUGUAUUCAUUGAAGUUUUCAUGAUGGCUGGAUGGGAACUAGCGAACUCAAUAGUGCUCACCCCGCACUCUGAUCCAAGGAGGUUAUCCUUUGAUCACGAUGAGUUUAUAUCAAAGUACACCACACAGUCCUAUCACUACCAUCCGACUAGUCCCAGGAAUCCCCAUGGCUACACCCCAUCACCCCAAAGGCCUUCCAAUGGGGAGGGCUCCGGGGGCGGCCCUUCCUUCUGCACCAAAGAUAAUAUAGAUCAGUGUGUCAGCUACCUAGACCAGGAAUUAACAGCAUUGGGUUUCCCUCCACUCUUCAUUAAGCCUUCAACUGCUAGCAAGGAUAGAGGCAAACCAGAGCAGUUUGAUCUUGUCCAGCUUGUAAACUGUGCCUAUGAACUUAUACAGAGACAUCAAAGAAGUAUGAAGAAACAUGAAGACUUAGAAACCAAGCAAAUGAGAACCAGUAGUGACUUGGAACACCUUCAGACCAACCACACAAGAUUAAAAGAACAGAACGAGCAGACCCAGAGAGAGAAUGUAUCACAGGGGGAGAGAGAAAGGCAGCUGACGUUACAACUCAAGAGCUCCCAAGUCAAGCUCAAGAGCCAGAAAGAUGAGAUGAGGAAACUAGAAGGUAUCUUGAAACACAGAGAUGUACAAUUCAAGCAUGACCUGAAGAAGAAGGAAAGAGAAGUCAAUAGAUUAAAGGAGCGUAUUCAUCAGUUACUAGUCGACAAGAACCAGGAGAGAAGGAUAGGAAUGGAUAUACUCAACUCAUUACAGAGGACAGACGGUAAACGUGGGACAUGGAAAACCGAUAAAAGCGGUAUCAAGCAUGAAGAAGACAUGUACCGAGUGAUCAUCACAAACUAUGAGGAGAGACAGAAGGAGGUGAUGAUGGAGAACCAAGUCUUGAGGGAGUCUCUUAGCAACAUGCAACAAGAACUGGUCAACCUCCUCAACAGACAAGCUGGCGAAGGAGGAGGGGGAGGAGGAGGAGGGGGAGGAGGAGGAGGAAGCCAAAACAAUAGGCAAGGGUACAUCUCAGACAGUGAGUUUGGGGACACAAGAUCCAUCGAAUCCUCCAUCAGCGAGCUCUCAACGGGCCACUUCCAAAUGCCGUUUGAGAUGGUCCGGGAGGGCAUCGAGACGAGCCUGAGGCAGAAAUGGCAGAAGCUCCGGGAUCACAUCCAGCAGAUUGAGAAGGAAAACAGGGAGAACCAGGAGGGAGGAGGAGGAGGAGGAGGAGGGAGCGGUAAAGAUGGUACAGGAAGCGCUGGAGAAGACGGGAAGAGUGGAGAAGGGGGAGGUGGAGGCGGGGGCUCAGGUCCUAAGGAUGCAGAGAUAGAGAACCUGAGGAGAAAGUUGGAGACAUAUCAUGAUAUCAUCGUACAACAGGAGCAGGUCUUACAGGCCGUGCAAGAAACCAGUAUGGACGGUGACUUCCUAGGUUUCAUCAGGGAGUCCACAAUGCUAGAUGAGAAGGAGAAUCUAGCCACCGAACAAAAUAGGUUGUACGGCAUGAAAAACAACUUUGCAAAGGAGCAGAGAAAUUUCACUGAUGCCGCGAUUAGAUUAGGAGAGGAGAGGAAGAAAUUUGAAGAGGAGAGGAGUUCAUUCCUACAGGAGCAGCUGAUGCUCACACCCCUGUCUUCCCAUCAUGCACCUCUGCUACGACCUCCGAGGUCAAUCAACAAGGCGUCAAGCCCCACCCUGAAUCCAACCAGCCAACAACCCCCUAACCAGUCCUCCCCACCCCUACACCACACCCCAUCGGGACCCCAGAAGAGAGUCCAGACCCCAUCCACAGUGGAGCUCUACCGGGCUCUCAAGCUAUUACCGGAGGGAGGCAAAUACCUUAAUGUCUCGAGGGAAAGCAUUCAUUCAAUUGGAAGCCAAAGUCUUCUCUCAGAUUCAGAGCUGUCGUGCCACUCAGGUGUUUCGACUCCCCGCUCGUCCAAAGCGUCGUCAAUCAUCACAGGGCGCCCUCUGUCGAGCCAGUCGGGCUACAGCAGCCACGGCAGCACGGACAGUCUCAACAAGGUGGGCACCAAGUCAAGACGCACCGAGGAACACAAACACAACCUGAGAAAAACCAUGGCCCAGAGGCAACGAAGAGCAGAGAAGGGUGCUCACAAGAAAUGAUGAUGGUAUAGAUUGCGACCCUCAUGGCCUUGCUUUUAUACCGCGCCCGCUCGCUGCCUCUGUGAUUUAAAAAAACAGUUGCGUAUUAAAGGUAUACCCAGCGUUCUGCCUUAGGAGAGUUGGUCAAGAAAGAAUUGUUCUUGUAUUCUCUGUAAUCAUCUAAGACAUUGCUCGAUUUGUGUAAAUGCUGAAGAAGGUGUCAGUGCCUGGGUUAUAGCCCAUGAUGCAGCAAUAAACGGGGAAAAAUCUGGAAAAAAGUGCCCUUCAGAUCCAGGUGCAGCAGUUGCCUAGCUACCAGAAUGCAAACAAUGUAUGCCAUAUCUGUGCUUAUCUUGUUCUGGCUCAUGGAAUGAUCCUCUCUUUAUUGAGACAUUGGGCAGUAUUUUGAUGUGAUGGAUUAAAUAAAGUAUAGCAUAUCUCAGCUUAUAGGGGAGAUUUAAUACCAGGUCAAUGUUUGGUUCUGUAAUGAUAUAACCAGCUGCUUAGAUACUGUAGAGAGUAUCUCCAACCUUCAUGCGACCUGGAACACUGGUCAAGGGGAAACCCCUUCAAUCGAUCCAGCAUCAGGUACAAAGACCAUCACAUGUUUAUCUAGAGACUAUAGUGCAGCAGCUUUAGGAGCCAACAGUGAAAAUCCAUAAGGUACAUGUAUGUCUAAAGACUCGAAGAGGACCUAGCCUUCUGACUCUGCAAUACACUAUUAAAUUCAAUGGGUUCUCCGCAUGUCUGAUGAUCAGCAUUGUACCAAUCAAUUAGACGUGACGCAGAAUUCGACAGUGGUACAUGGGGAAGAAACUAUACUUCAUUCUGUGUUGUAAUGUUCAGCUAAAGUACUAUAUGAGUACGUACCUGACACAUGUGCAAUGGAAAACUAGCAUCUGACUCACCUUUUAUGUUUAAAACUGUAUUUUGUGUUUGUUUUGUUAUUCGUUGUGUAACUUUAAAGAUUGGAGCUUCCUUUUAAAUUAAACUAACGUUGUAGCAGAUCUAACAGAACAUAUAAAUGUUCUUGAAAUGGUUGCCUUGGUAUUAGAUAUCAUCUUGAUUCUUGACAAUUGCCAGCAAUAGUUAUAACAUACUUAUAGUCAAAUAUAAAGAUUUUCAUAGUGAUUAUAGACAUUCUUGGUAAAAAAAAAAACACUAAAAUGUUGGUUUAUAGGUUUAACUUGACCCCUCCCCCAAGUAAGAAAGAUAAAUUUGUUAACAUGAUAUUUGAACCCAUGUAUGCGUAACGCAUGUUUGGAGCCAGUAGAAGGUUAAGUCUGUGUUAAAGUAUUUGAUUCAAAGACCUUCUGGCCCCAGAGAGAUGAUAUAGAUAGUUGGGAAAUGAUACCACCCCAUUUCUUUUCAAAUUUAGGUGCUGAAAGUCUUUAAAACAUGAUUUUAAAUGAAAAAUUAUUUUGUAUUUGUUGAUUAUUAUUUUUUACAGUUGGUGAUUUUGUUGUUAAUUUGUCUUUCAUGUGAAAGUUCAUCAUUCAGUUUGUUUGCUGCCAGAUUUCAAUGUAAAAUGGCUCUGUGCCUUUCCUGAGAAUUAAUACACAAUUGUUAUUGAAUUUAAUCAAGGAAUAUUUAUUUGCAAGAGAAUUUGAGUAUGAAAUUGCAGAUAGGAUAUUUGAAUUGGUCUAAAUAGAUGUAACUC